UCUCAGGGCUUGGAGCUCCGAAGUCCAGCCGCCCUCUCCCACAGCAGAGGUCAGAGACAGGCGGGCCAGCCAGUCUUGUUCCUUUUGAGUGUUUUUCAUGGUCCAUCAUGUUGAGGGCUAAGACUCGGCUUCUUUUGCUUUCACCACACCACCUGAAGCAGCUCAAAGAGUCACCAGGAUCCAGGCUUAUAUGGCAGCGACUUCUGCAUCAGCGACAACCCCUUCAUCCAGAAUGGGCUGCCCUGGCUAAAAAGCAGUUGAAAGGCAAAAACCCAGAAGACUUAAUAUGGCACACUCCAGAAGGGAUCUCCAUAAAGCCUUUAUAUUCUAGCAGGGAUACCAAGGACUUCCCUGAAGAACUUCCAGGAGUGAAGCCAUUCACACGUGGACCAUAUCCCACCAUGUACACCUUUAGGCCCUGGACCAUCCGCCAGUAUGCUGGUUUUAGUACUGUGGAAGAAAGCAAUAAGUUCUAUAAAGAUAAUAUUAAGGCUGGUCAGCAGGGAUUAUCAGUUGCUUUUGAUCUGGCAACACAUCGUGGAUAUGAUUCAGACAACCCUCGAGUUCGUGGUGAUGUUGGAAUGGCUGGAGUUGCUAUUGACACCGUGGAAGAUACAAAAAUUCUUUUUGAUGGAAUUCCUUUAGAAAAAAUGUCAGUUUCCAUGACCAUGAAUGGAGCAGUUAUUCCAGUUCUUGCAACUUUUAUAGUAACUGGAGAAGAACAAGGCGUACCUAAAGAGAAACUUACUGGUACAAUCCAGAAUGAUAUACUAAAGGAGUUUAUGGUCAGAAAUACUUAUAUUUUUCCUCCAGAACCAUCCAUGAGAAUUAUUGCUGACAUCUUCGAAUAUACAGCACAGCACAUGCCAAAAUUUAAUUCAAUUUCAAUUAGUGGAUACCAUAUGCAGGAAGCAGGGGCUGAUGCCAUUCUGGAACUGGCCUAUACUAUAGCAGAUGGGUUGGAAUACUGUAGAACUGGACUCCAAGCUGGUCUGACAAUUGAUGAAUUUGCACCAAGGUUGUCUUUCUUCUGGGGAAUUGGGAUGAACUUUUAUAUGGAAAUAGCAAAAAUGAGAGCUGGGAGAAGACUCUGGGCUCACUUAAUAGAGAAAAUGUUUCAGCCUAAAAACUCUAAAUCUCUUCUUCUGAGAGCGCAUUGUCAGACAUCAGGAUGGUCACUUACUGAGCAGGAUCCUUACAAUAACAUUAUUCGUACUACAGUAGAAGCAAUGGCAGCAGUGUUUGGAGGGACUCAAUCUUUGCACACAAAUUCUUUUGAUGAAGCCUUGGGUUUGCCAACUGUGAAAAGUGCUCGAAUUGCGAGGAAUACACAGAUCAUUAUUCAAGAAGAAUCUGGGAUUCCUAAAGUGGCUGAUCCUUGGGGAGGUUCCUAUAUGAUGGAAUCUCUCACAAACGAUGUUUAUGAUGCUGCCUUGAAGCUCAUUGAUGAAAUUGAAGAGAUGGGUGGAAUGGCCAAAGCUGUAGCGGAAGGAAUACCUAAACUUCGAAUUGAAGAAUGUGCUGCCCGAAGGCAAGCAAGAAUAGAUUCUGGUUCUGAAAUAAUUGUUGGAGUAAAUAAGUACCAAUUGGAUAAAGAAGAAUCUGUAGAAGUUCUGGCAAUUGAUAAUACUUCAGUGCGUAACAAACAGAUUGAAAAACUCAAGAAGGUCAAAUGCAGCAGGGAUCAAGAUUUGGCUGAACGGUGUCUAGCUGCACUUACUGAAUGUGCUGCCAGUGGAGAUGGGAACAUUCUGGCUCUUGCAGUGGAUGCAGCUCGUGCAAGAUGUACAGUUGGGGAAAUCACAGAUGCUAUGAAAAAGGUGUUUGGUGAGCAUAAAGCUAAUGAUCGUAUGGUGAGUGGAGCCUAUCGCCAGGAAUUUGGAGAAAGUAAAGAGAUAUCAUAUGCUAUCAAGAGGGUUAAUAAAUUCAUGGAACGUGAAGGUCGCAGACCUCGUCUUCUUGUGGCAAAAAUGGGACAAGAUGGACAUGACAGAGGAGCAAAAGUUAUUGCUACAGGAUUUGCUGACCUUGGUUUUGAUGUGGAUAUAGGUCCUCUUUUUCAGACUCCCCGUGAAGUGGCCCAGCAGGCCGUGGAUGCAGAUGUGCACGCUGUGGGUGUGAGCACACUCGCUGCUGGUCAUAAAACCCUAGUUCCUGAGCUCAUCAAAGAGCUCAACUCCCUGGGACGGCCAGAUAUUCUUGUCAUGUGUGGAGGGGUGAUACCACCACAGGAUUAUGAAUUUCUGUUUGAAGUCGGAGUUUCCAAUGUAUUUGGUCCUGGGACUCGAAUUCCAAAGGCUGCCGUUCAAGUGCUUGAUGAUAUUGAGAAGUGUUUGGAAAAGAAGCAGCAGUCUAUGUAACAUCCUGUUUUUGUGUUAGCUUUUUUCUAAAAUACUCUUUCAAUGACAAUCAGAGAGUAAAACCAUGUCUUCAAUUUAAUUCAACACUUGAUAUGUGCUUUCUUGAAAGCUUUACAUUAAAAUACCUGACUUAUAAGAAUUUUGUGAUGCUCUAAUUGUAUAUGUACCGUCUUUAAAAAUUAAAAAAAGUAUAUACCCUUAAAAACUUUACAUGUUUAAUACUUCAUCAGAAACUCUAGACAAAGGUAUUAUUUUAAAAAGUCAUAUUUAUUUGAAGUAUUUCUUAUAAAACUAUUUCUAUUUUAAAAAUUAAACUUUACCUAAAAAAAAUUUGACUAGUCCCAAUUCUUCAAUUUAGCAUUAUAUUGACUUGAGCACCAGAAAACAAAAUCCAUAUAUGAACAAAAUAAUUACGCCUAUCUUGGAAAAAAUACGAAGAGUAUUUAUAUAGAGAAAUAUAUUAUGGUUGUGAUCUUCAACCAAAUUCUACUGGAAUCACUUCAAUAAGAAUAUUUAAUCAGACCUAAAGGUUGGAAUAAGGAAGAAAUGGCAGAAUAUUUCUUCAAAUCUGACUUUACUUUCUUCCUGGGCAUGAACAUGUGACCUCGUUAUUGCUGGGCUUGGCUCAAGACCCAGGAUAGUGGGUGUUUAUGAAUAUUCCCUAAAAUGAAAGUGCUUAGGUUGUUCAUAUGGCUUUCUCCAGAAUGAUGACGUAAGUUAGGAGUGUAGAAGGGCUAUGAUACCUGGAAA